AUGGUGCAAAAGCUUCAUUUCAUAGAGGUAAAAGGAAAAGCUUUUUCUCUUACUUCUAUCGAUUGGAGAAUUUCAUCUAUCGUUGACUGCCUUGAAACGGGGUUGGUUAAGCUAGAUUCGUCAGAGCUUGACAUCGAACUUCUUAAUCUUUUCAAAUCGCAAUUAAUUGAAGCGAUUAAAUACUUCCAGGCUGGCUUGUUGACGAAGUACGAGCCAGAAUUAUUGCUAGCAUUACGAUAUUUAGUAUGGAAGAAUUCUGUAUUAUCCAAUGGAGCGACAUUAGGUCAACAAAUGCUGAAUAUCGCUUAUCGACAUAAAGAUAAUUCCGAAAUUAAUAGAAUUCAACGGAUACUAUUUGGCAUCUUAACAGUCUUUCUGCCAUGGCUGAAAGAAAGACUGAGUCAAUUCAGUGACUACGCUCGGAAUAAUUAUUUAUUGCGACAAGUUGUAAGGGGUAUCGCACUAUUGGAUAAUAUUUUGACAAUUGGGUCAUUAGCUAAUUUUUUUUCGUUUUUGCAAACUGGAAGGUAUAAAAAUUUAUUAGAAAGAAUAUUAAGUAUACAUCCUGAAUAUUCUAAUCCACAGUCCUUGAGACAAGAAUUUUUAGCAUUUGUAUUGCCUUUAGUUAACAUCUAUCAAACUAAAAUGUUCUUUAAGCAAUUACUUUGGAGUGAAUUAUCUCCUAAAAGUUCUAUUAAGAGUACAGACUGUGCAUUUUGUGGUGAAAUUCCUUGUAAUAUCUAUCAAGCGUCUUGCGGUCAUCGCUUCUGUUAUUAUUGUAUCAAGUCUCGAAUGUUAGCGUCUGUUACCGUGAAUUGUCCUAGCUGCGGACGUGUUAUCCGUGACCAUGAACUUGCUUUUGCUAGAGAUUAA